CUCGAUGGUAGGGCAUCACCCUCGCGGCAAACCCUAGCAUAUCGGCGUCGCCGGAAUCGGAUUAGAAACUCAACCUAAGCGGCGCAGAAGCUCAUACAACAACAAUUGAUGGGGUAACAUCGAACGCUCUUAAAUACCUAGGAAACAUGGCGGACAAGAAGCGCAUGGACACAUUACAAGAGGAGGUUGAGGUUGACCCAAAAAAGAAGCAAAGAAUCAUCAAUAGCACUCGGCCUGAAUGGAAUUUUGGAACUUGCUGCGGCUUAUGGUUUCUACUGCCACUCGACAUAAUGGCUGACAUACUAUCAAGACUACCUGCAAAAUCUGUCGCCAAGUUGCGCUGUGUCUGCAAACGAUGGCUCUCUUUAACUCAUGAUCCCCUUCUCUUGAAAUGGCACCAGGAGAGAUCUUCAAGCUAUGUGGUUGUUGGUAAACGUCUCCGUCAUGGAGAAAUCUAUAAAUACAGUAAUAUUGGAGAUGGGGAAAAUUCUAAGGAGAUUUACUGUAAAGUUAAACUCGGGAGAGUCUACUAUCAGUUAUCAAAUUUUGUGGAUGGUUUGACUUGUGCUUAUGGCUUUACUGGUAAAUCUGAUUUGUACUUACUAAAUCCCAUGACUCGGGAACUUCAGAAACUCGGAAAGAACAGUCGUCGUCGAGAGUACUUUAAAUAUGAAAAUUUUGGUCUCGGUGUCGACUUGACUAUGGGGCUUUGCAAGAUAGUUAGGUUGUGUACUUGUUCUGAUGACCGUCGUGUUGUUCAGUGUGAGGUCUAUAAUGUGGUCACAAUGCAAUGGAGAUUCCUUGGUGAAGCUCCCUUUGAAUUAUUCAACCAUUCUAAUUCAGUUUUCUUUCGUGGAGCCCUCCACUGGAUUGGAUGUUUACCAGGAGAUGGAUAUCAAGAUCAAGGAAUACCAAGUAUUUAUAGAUUCAAUAUCAAAGAUGAGAAGUUUGAACCGCCAAUAUCACUCCCAUGUCCGCCAUCCCCUGAUAUGCAUUUGUGUCCUGAUUUUGGUUUGAAGGAGUUAAAGGGGAAGUUUUGGCUGUUUUACUUGAGCUUUGACCGGACAUACUGCGAGAUAUGGACUAUGAAAGAUUAUUUGAAUAGCGCUUGGGUCAAAGAGUAUAAAUUCCACAGCAACAAUCUUUUAAGUUUGCUCGAGGUUUGCUGUAAGGAAAUUGUAGAUAAUGAUAUACUCUUUAGACCCUACCAAUGUGAAUCUUUUGCAUUUUACAAGGAAAGUCUUAUUUCGCCGGAGAAGUUGUCGAAGGCAUCCAGAAGACGUAAAAAGUAGGUGGAGGUGAGUAACGCAUCAAAUGUAUCUGGACAGUUUUUAUUCAGAUCACGCCCGAGGAACGAAAAACUGUCUAAUUCAUUCUUAAAAAGCUUGGAUAUCAUUUUUUUUUAAUUUUUGCAUCAUAUUUUGACCGUAGGAAUGGAACACUGUCUUG